AUGAUGCGAAGACAGUUCGACAUGUUGCAAGAUCGUUAUAGUGGCACGUGGUACCUCUUCAUAACAUGCGCGUCAGCAGUCGGUGUCUUUACGGAUCUAAUUUUGUGCCUGUUCCUCGCCUUGGUUUGCGUCUCUUUAGUAUUGAUAAAUGAGAAUGGCAAUGUAGUCGACAGCUUAGUAGGUCUGGCAAUGUCGCAGUUGUUGCUGCUAAUCGGUUGGAUGCAUUACGGCAUAAAACAGUCCGCCAAAAUGGUGUCGUUAAUGACCUCCGUGGAAAGAAUUCUUCAAUACACGAAUCUUCCUCAGGAGGAACCUAUUAUUUCCGACAAUCCAUCGCCUUCUACAUGGCCGUCCCAAGGACAAUUGAUCUUGAAGGACGUCACCAUGAAGUAUCACAGUAAUGAUCCACCGGUCUUGAAAAAUCUAAACGUAUCCAUCGAGCCUGGCUGGAAAAUUGGGGUGGUGGGACGAACUGGUGCCGGCAAGUCCUCCUUGAUCUCAGCGCUCUUCCGCCUAUUCAACGAAGGUCUGGAGGGUGAGAUUAAAAUUGGCGGUCGGGAUACGAGCACGGUAGGUCUGAGCGAGCUGCGCUGCAAGAUCUCCAUCAUACCGCAGGAACCGGUGCUCUUCUCCGAGAGUCUACGCUACAAUCUGGACCCGUUCAGUCAGUACGAUGACGUGAAGCUGUGGGAGGUACUGCGGCAGGUCGAGCUGAAUGAUGUCGCAUUGGAUCAGAAAAUCUUUUAUGGCGGUCACAACUUCAGCGUCGGCCAGAGGCAGCUCAUAUGUCUGGCCAGGGCCAUUCUAAGGAACAAUCGUUUACUCGUUCUCGACGAGGCCACGGCUAAUAUUGAUUCGCAGCGUUCAGUCUUUAUUAUAUCAGUAACCGUCAUGGAUGGCAUGGAUGACAAAGAAACAGUGAAAAAGAAAAGACGCAUAAGCAUGAAUUUACUUCUAAUGUCAUCUAGUGACUAA